CAUCCGGUACAUAAACCGCAGAGCUGUCUGCCUGUCUGCCUCAGGCUGCUAGCCAGACCCCACCAAACCCCACUCUCCAACUCUAGCAAUGCAUCAGUCUUGAGAAGCACCACUCUCGGCGCAAACCGUAAAGAUACUUCCAGCUACGGCCUCUAGCUAAGUCCAGUCUUCAAAGAGCUUCUGUUCCUGCUAUAUCGAUUCUCGGACUCGGACAUAAACUUCUCUGCCGCAUCGACUUCCCAUCAGCUGAAGCAUCGACAUCAAGGAUGGCCCCCAAGAACAACGCCAAAGGAGGCGACAAGAAAGGCAAGGGGAAAGAUGUGUCUGAGGGGGACAAGGGAAAGGGCGGAGGAAAGGGGUUGAAGCCCGCUACGUCGAUUAAUGUCAGACAUAUUCUUUGCGAGAAAUUCUCAAAGAAGGAAGAAGCGCUUGAGAAAUUGCGUAACGGGGCCAAAUUCGACGAUGUUGCGAGGGAGUACUCGGAGGAUAAGGCUCGGCAAGGCGGCUCUCUUGGGUGGAAAGUCCGGGGUAGUCUCAACGCGGACUUCGAGAAGGCUGCGUAUGAGCUUGAGCCCAGUACGACGGCGAACCCCAAGUAUGUGGAGGUGAAGACCGGGUUUGGGUACCAUAUCAUCAUGGUUGAAGGGAGGAAGUAGCCUCGUCUCCUAUGGCCAAUUUACCUUUAGCAGUUGAGCGUUUUCACAUUAAUACUUCCAGAUGAAUGCAGAAUCUCCUGCACAGCAGUAGUAAAAAAAGGAUCUCUAUGGGGAAAUGAAAAUCUACUAUGUGUGUAUAUAUGU